AUGUCCAGUCUCCCAUGGCCUGGACUGGCAAGCGUGGGUUGUCCCACCACUGGACCAGAGGCUGUUCCAACCACUAUUCAGCCCAUCGAAAUCGUUCACUAUAUACCGCUCUAUCUCAGCACUUCUCUUACUUCAACGACGGUCUUCAGCGUGGCUGGUACAACUUUCGAGGUCACCAAUGCUCCGACUGUGGUCGAGUCUAACUUCCUCACCGCGACUACUGUAACGUACAGCUCUGCUGUCAAUACCGAGUCCCCUUACAACGGGCCCUGUAUUACGGUCACUGCGAAUAUUCUUGCGGGAUCUCAGCCAACAACUAUUAUUAUCCCUCCGCAAAGUGGCCAAGCCACUGGUACAAAGUACGUCUGCUCUCCUCUCGAGUCCAGUAAGACUUGGCUACCAGGGUCGAACUCUCAGAAUAGUGGAAGCUUCACAACAGCCAGAGCCCCCUAUCCAGGGUCAACCUUGACGACUUUGACCGUCUCCCCAGGUGGCAGCGACCGCACCGGAACGGCCCUUAUCCUCACGCCUACGCCAAAGACAAGAAGGCUUCCUUUUAAAGGACCCUACACGACGAUCACAGCUCCCGGGACGUUUUCGUCGACCCUGACUUUGCCGCCCUUCGAGACUGAUGGCAUUGGCACCCUGAUCGUCUUCGUGCCGCCGCGAACGGGAGGCUCGGUAGCCGCUACAUCAACUGGAACUCAGCUCGGCCAGACGGGUCUGUCGACCUUAACGACAGGCCGACCCGGCGAUCCGGAUACUGUAGUCACUAUCGUGCCCCCUCCGGGAGGAUUCACGACUGUUACGUCGACCGGUACGAGUACAGGCCUCCUUAUUCGCACUCCUGGUCGUCCCGGAGAUCCGACUACAGUCAUUAUCAUCGUCCCAACACCCAUCGGUCGUGGCAAUAUCACUACCAGUCUGACAACCUUGUCCCCUGGAAUAGCCGGAGAUCCGACAAUAGAUCUCACUUCCGUCGCCGGCGUUUCGUUUGUAACCGUCACAUCGACAGGAGUCUCAACCGGCCUGAUCACUCAGACUCCUAGUAGACUAGAAGGCCCGACUACGAUUGUCACGAUUACGACUGGCUCGCCGUCCAUGGGCAGCACCAACGGAUUGACUACGAUUGCUGGAAGCCCAGAAGGACCAUCAACUGUAGUUACUUUAGUGACAGGCAUUCUUACAACAAUCAACCCCAUUCCUACAUCGUCUUCGACCAUAUCGCCACCAUCCAGCAACUCGCUACCCGGUAUUUCAGUGACUGGCCCUCCGCCACAAUCACAAGUGACUGUGAUCACUUCGACAGCUAGCACGACCGGUUUGAUCACUGUUCCGCCAGGACCCGGUGGUGGCCCUACUACGGUCAUCACAUUUGUUCCGCGUUUAGGUUUCAUCACCACGCUUAAUUCGACAGCCACACAGACUGGAGUCACUACUAUUGUUCCCACGGAACCUGCUGGGACCACAAGCGUCAUUACCUUCGUGCCUCCGGUCAAGGGCACGCUAACAACUGUCGUCUCAAUCGGCACACAAACGGGCGUGACGACCUCGCCCCGGACCGACCCCUUCGGCACGACCACUGUCCUGUCAAUCGUGCCUCCCGUCACGGGUGCUCUGACGACUGUGACGUCGACCGGCACUCAGACGGGAGCUUCUACAAUCAUGCCAACAGGUCUUGCUGGAACCACCAGCUUCAUCACUUUAGUGACACCAAGCACUACAACUUCGUCUGCAUCAUCGACUUCUUCCACCACCCUUGUCUCUACGAAAACUGACACUUCCACUUCGACAACAUCCACAAUCUCGUGUGUAGUCUCCCUGACGAGCACAGUCUCCGCAGGCAGUCCUUCAGGUGCGAUAGGCGCAGUCACUGUCCCGACUUGCGCUACUGUUAUGCGAUUCAUUGUUACGGGUGGUGGCGGCGGCGGUGGAGGCGGUCUCACAGGCGGCAAAGGUGCAUCAAUCAGCGGCUCCAUACCCGUCACCCCAGGUCAAUCAGUUUCUUUAGUCGCCGGUGGUCAAGGUGGCCAAGGUACGAGAGGUGCUGUCGGAGGGGCUGGUCUCAGUCAGUACGGCAACGGUGGAUCUGCUUCCAAUAACGGUGGUGGAGGUGGUGGUGCUUCCGCUCUUUAUCUCGGCCAGGAUCUCCUUGUGGUCGCUGGCGGAGGCGGAGGCAGCACUAUCCUAUCCUCCAACCUUGACGGCGGGGCUUCCCAGUUGGACUCCAAAUUCGCUGGCGGAACAAACAAUGCCGGGGACAAGGGUGUCUCUGCCAAUAUUACACUAGCAGGUACUGGUGCUGUGACGUCCACCUCCAACGGAGGCUCUCCGGGCUCUCAGAUCGCACCCGGGGCUGGCGGUGUGUGGACCGGCUUGGGGACCUUUGCGAAUGGGAACGCUGGAAGCGGUUCAAUUGGUGGAAACGGUACCGCUGGCGCGGGUGGUGACUUUAACGAUGGUUCUGGUGCGGGUGGCGGAGGCUACCGCGGCGGAGGUAGCGGAGCGACAGGCUACUACAGAUAUAACUUAACAGUUCAGCGUACACCAGCCGGAGGUGGCGGUGGUUCUAGCUUUCUGAGUAAUAAGGUUGUGGCCGCAACUUUAACUCUAAUUGAUUCCACGCCGGGUAGGAUUGUCAUGUCUUUCGCUUAA